AUGCAUACAUUUAUGCUUUUUGAUAAUAUUAUUUUUGAGCAUAUUAUAUGUAUAAUUAUAGCUGAUGAGGUGUUUCUUAUGAUAGCCAAUUUGAAAUCAAGUUCCAAACAUUUGACAGAGAAUGUGGAGAAGACUACAAUUUGUGAGCUUAAACUCGAUGAAGCAAAUGUUAAGCAUUUUAAGGAAGCUAUUGACAAUAACUAUUGGUUUGAGUUUUUCAUGGAUGAUCUUCCAUUAUGGGGAUUUGUUGGUGAGCUACAUUCUGAUACGAACAGUGAUAACAUGCAUAUGAUAUUCACACAUAAGAAUAUCUCUCUACAAUACAAUAAAGGCCAGAUCAUUCAUGUCAACCUCACUCAAGAGAACCCAAAACCCUUAGAAGUUGGGAAAACUCUAGACAUGACUUACUCAGUUGAAUGGACAGAAACCAACAUCACAUUUGCAUGCCAUUUUGAUGUUUACCUGAAUUACCACUUUUUUGAGCAUCAGAUUCAUUGA